CACAUACCUACAUACAUAUUAUUAGGUAAUUGAUGUUAGGCAUUAAUUUAAUGCAGUAUAGCUCGACUAGAAUUUCAGUCAUUUGCUUAGGAGGCAAUUGUAAUAAUUAUGGGGGCCGGGAUACGCCCUUUCGAGUCAAAUCCCGCAAUCAGCACAAAGUUUGCCUUCCCCUUUUCUCUUUUACAUGCCCAGGUGAAUAUUAAAUAAAUACCUACCCAGGUAUACUUGCCUAGGCGCUCGCAAAUUGAUCAUUCAAGUUCUUAUUCGCACCAAUACCUUGGAAAGAAUCGAUAGGUACUCGCUACGCUCAGAGACAAUGUCACCGGUGGCGGAUAUAGAUUUAUAUGCGCCUUUCGAGCGCGACGUCGUACUUGAAAUCCGGACUAGUAAGAUGAAGACAAUGCCGGGGCUCAAGAUCGAGACAGGCAUAGAUAAGCAGCUGCGCUCCGGUCGCAUCCCCGUGUCUUAUCUUGGACUCGAUGCGGAUGAGCAUGACCUUGUGUUCCACGGCGGCCCUGAUAAAGCAAUCCACGGAUAUUGCUGCUCUCAUUAUCCUACUUGGCAAAAUGAGUUUCCCGAAGCUGCCGCCCGCUUUAGACGUGGUGGGUUCGGGGAGAAUUUCGUAACGGAACGCAUGAACGAGCGCAACGUAUGUAUCGGCGACGUCGUAUCCGUCGGCAACGAUGGUGUCCUGCUGCAGAUCAGCCUGCCACGGCAGCCGUGCUUCAAGCUGAACCACCGGUUCCAGCUGAAGAACUUCGCACCCAACACGUUCAAGACCAGCCGCACCGGCUGGUACUAUCGCGUCCUGCGCGAGGGCACCGUGCAAGCCGGCGACGAGAUCCGGCUCGUGGAGCGCAAAUGGCCCCAGUGGACCAUCGAACGCGUCCAGGAGUACCUGCACCGCACGCAGGACAACGCCGUCAUGAACGAGGAGCUCGCGGCUAUCCCCGACAUGGGCGAUGAGAGCCGCAAGGCGUUUGAGAGACGCGUCGAGAAGCUCCGCGCGAAGCAGAAGCGUGCCCUUAACGGAGGGGAGGAGAAGAAGAAGGAGAAGUGGCGGGACUUUACGAUCGUUGAGAAAAAGAACCAGACGCCGCGCAUCGCGUCGUUCGUUCUGCAGGCAGUGCACCCGGACCCCGAGGCAGCUGAGCUGGCGCUCGGCUCCCACGCGCGCCUCAGGCUACCGAACGGCCUCGUGCGCCCCUACUCCAUCGUGUCGGGCACCGACCCCAACCGCUUCGAGCUCGGCGUCGCCCUUGACGCCGCGAGCCGCGGGGGGUCGGCGUAUCUCCAUCACAAUAUGACGGAGGGCGAUACCAUGCAGGUCGGGCGGGUGACGGCGGAAGUGCAGCCCGCGGGCGCGGCGAGUAACCACGUGUUCAUCGUCGGUGGUAUUGGGAUCACAGCGUUCCUCGGCAUGCUGGAGAGGCAUCAGAGGAUUCACUGGGAAACGACGCUGCACUACGGCGUCCGCGACGCCGCCACGGACAUCCCGUUUCGCGCGCGUCUUAACGCUCUCUCCCGGGGCGACGACGACAAAAACAGCAGCAGCAGUGUCAACGUCAAGAUCUACGACCGGAGUAAAGAAGAGCGCAUGGACAUCCCUGGCAUCUUCCGAGAUCUCCCCUGGAACUCGCACGUCUCGGUGUGCGGCCCGCCGCGGCUGAUGGAGGAGGCGAGGGACGAAGCCGAGAAGCGCGGGCUGGGGAGGGACGAGGUGCACUACGAGGCGUUCACGGCAGACACGGGGGGUGAUCCGUUUGAGGUUGAGGUUACGUUCGCACAAGACUCUGACAAAAAAGACUCCGACGAUGGGGAGAAGAACGACGGUAAGAAGGAUACCGGAAAGAGUAAGGGUAGGCUUCUUACAGUAGGCGCAGAGGAGACGUUGCUGGAGGUGCUGCGGAGGACCUUUGGCGACGACGAUGUCCCGUCGAGCUGCGAGGUGGGCAGUUGUGGCACGUGUAGGGUUGGGCUGAGGAGCGGCAGGGUCGAGCAUAGGGGGACGGCGCUCGGGGAAGAGGAGAAGGAGGGGGCGAUGCUGAGUUGUGUUAGUAGGGGCGUCGGGAAGAUUGCUAUUGAGAUAUAGACUAGGUGGGUAGGGAUGAGUGUAAAGAUAGGGGUUAAGGAUUGGAGUAAAGGGUAUCUUAUGUGGUAGGUGGGUAUUUUCUUUUUCAACAUCUUAUAGCAUGUAUGUAGGUACUUUAAAGAUGAGGAGAUGAGUAGACGAUCUAAUGAAUACCAAAUCCAC